UGUGAAACUAAUUACGAAAUAAAAUCGUCGCUCCUUCGAGAAUCUGAUCCAUCGAACUGUGAAAACACCCACUAUUCUCAAAAGUACAGAUGUUAUCCAUUACUUUUUCUGCAAAGUCAGAAAACAAACUGUCGCAUUCCUCCGUAAUCAUUUCAGGGUUAGGACACAGCCUCUAAACAAACCGUUUCAGUAAACAGGAUUUAAGAUGUCCCGCAAUAAUAAGGACAAGUAUGAGAACUCCAAUCCGCGCCGAAUGCACACUAUCAUGUCAACGGAAGAUGCGAAUUCGGGAAAGAAAUCUUAUUGGCCGGAGCUGGAGAUAACAGGAAGCAUAAGGAAUCUUAGUCCGAAUAUGUGGCAAUUGACUCAUUUGACUGCUUUGUAUCUCAAUGACAAUAGUCUUCAAAGGAUACCAUCUGAAAUUGGACGUCUUAUACAUCUGAGAACUCUAGAUCUUAGUAACAACAAACUUCGUAGUUUGCCUGCUGAGCUGGGGGAUCUCAUCUAUCUUAGGGAGUUGUUAUUGAAUCAAAACUAUCUUCGCGUGUUACCGUAUGAAAUCGGAAAGUUAUUCCAGUUACAAGUGUUAGGCCUUCAAGGAAAUCCACUGAGCAAGGAAAUGAUGGCGUUGUAUGGAGAACCAUCGGGGACCUACAAGCUGCUGUCUUACAUGCUCGACAACUUACAAGUAACAGCGAAUCAUCCACCACAGAGGCCAUGGAUACCGUUGACCAGGCCAAACAGGACGAGACCCACAUGCAUAUUUACGGUGAUGUGUUACAACGUACUUUGCGACAAGUAUGCGACGCGACAGAUGUACGGUUACUGUCCAAGCUGGGCCCUCGACUGGGAGUAUCGGAAAAAGGGCAUACUCGACGAAAUACGUCAUUACGCGGCUGAUCUUAUCAGUCUUCAGGAAGUCGAGACUGAUCAAUUUUAUAAUUUCUUCCUGCCGGAACUAAAGCACGACGGUUAUGACGGGAUUUUCUCGCCCAAGUCUCGAGCGAAGACGAUGGCUGAGAACGACCGCAAAUACGUCGAUGGAUGCGCCAUUUUCUACAGAACAGCCAAAUUCACUCUGAUAAAAGACCAUCUUGUGGAAUUCAAUCAAUUGGCAAUGGCAAAUGCAGAAGGUUCGGACAAUAUGUUGAACAGAGUUAUGCCGAAGGACAACAUCGGGCUCGCUGCUCUUUUAAAAACGACCGAAGCUGCAUGGGACAAUGGUCUCCCAUCGGAUCCUGCUCAAGUUCAACAACCGAUUUUAGUUUGCACAGCGCACAUCCAUUGGGAUCCAGAAUUUUGUGACGUCAAGCUUAUUCAAACAAUGAUGCUCAGUAACGAACUGCGUACAAUAUUGGACCAAGCGGGACAAUCUUUUCGACCCGGUCACAAGCCCGACUCAUCCAAUGUUCAAGUAUUAUUAUGUGGCGAUUUCAAUUCAUUGCCUGACUCAGGAGUCAUCGAGUUUUUGACAUCAGGACGAGUAUCAUCCGAUCAUCGUGACUUCAAAGAAUUGGCGUACAAAACGUGCUUACAAAAAAUAUCCGGCUGCGAUAAACCAAACGAAUUUACCCACUCAUUUAAACUUGCUUCUGCAUAUAGUGAGGAUAUCAUGCCCUAUACCAACUAUACAUUCGAUUUUAAGGGCAUAAUAGACUACAUUUUCUACUCAAAGCAAAGUAUGGUGCCCUUAGGUUUGCUAGGACCGUUGAGUGCCGACUGGUUCCGAGAACACAAAGUGGUCGGUUGUCCACAUCCUCAUAUACCAUCCGACCACUUUCCCUUGUUAGUCGAACUGGAAAUGACACCGACGGCAGGGACUAGUAACGGUUUGAUCUCUCGCAGGUAGCAGCCGCUCCGAUCUAGGCCCAAGUAAAACGAAACAAAAGAAAAAUAACGGAACGAUGAAUAUAACAUUAACGAUAACGAUAGCAGAAGAAAUAAGGAACACAGAGACACACACAUACACAAAAAUAAUCCCCAUCACUCCUCUUUCUCUUACAUUCUGACUCCAAAAAAAAAAUCACUCGCUCUCGGCUAACAAUUAAUGAGUAAAAAAUAGCGAAUAUUUGCGUACUCCGGUUCGUCGCACAUUGAAAAAAGAUUGAGCAAAAAACGAAACGUAUAAUUGACACAUGAAAUAAUGAGAAUAAUUCUGAUGACCAGGUGACAGGAGUCGUGUUGUAAUGCGUUUAGCCCAUGUAUAGUGUAUUGCAUUUUUAAUAAGUAACAAGUUUACGUUAGAUUCUUUAUCCCCUCACUAACCAUACCUGUUGUAUAUCUUGAAACAUCAAUGAUCAUCUCGUAAUAUGUAGAUACCUAUUUUCCUACAAAAGAAAUUUAAACGAAAAAAAAUGGUGAAUAACGAAGAAGAAGAAGAAGAAGAAGAUGAAAAGAUAAAUAAACGCGAAAUAUUCCGAUCAAACCUCUGUGAUAUUGAGAUUAACAAUUGGAGCAAUUUCACAUAUUUAUUAAACGAAUUAGCGUCUGUUAGAAGGGCUCCUCUCGAUCUGUCUCCCUUGAAAACCCUCCCUUGCAAUCUUCCUAAAUGUCAUUACAACAUUCUCCAAGCCAACUUUUUGAUAAGAAUGCUGCCAUCCAUUGAGACAAAAUAAUGUAUUUUUAAAAGUAAAACAAAAACAAACAAAAAAAAUGAUGAUGAUGAAGAUGAUGAGAGAAAAAACGAAACAAAAGUGAAUUAAAAAAUAAUAAUUAAAAAAGAAGAAAAAAAAAGAAAAACAAACAAACAAACAAACGAACAUACACGCUAUACUGGGCUGUGCGAAGUGAUUGGAGUUGACUUAAACAAUUUCAAUGCAAGUACAAAUCUGUUCUUAUUGGCCACGUAUAUUGAUAAAACAAAAAAAUUAACAUAGAAUACGAUAUAAUGUUGAAUAAGAGUUAAUAGACGAUAUUGUAGCGAGUUUAAUCUGUAAGAUAAUGAUGUUCGCAAUGUCGCAUAUACAUACACAGCAUUCGUAAAAAAACAAAACAUUGUACUUACAUGCUUAUACAUAUACUAAUAUAUAUAUAUAAGUGUGUAUGUACUUUCAAACAAUAUUGUACAAUGACGAUUCAGUUAACAGUUCAAAUCAUGAUUCGUUCGAUAAGAUUUCAAUAUUUUACAUUUUACGAACCCACGAUUAACUCAUUGAAAAUAUUUCGCGAAUUCGUUAAACCCAAUUUACGAUAAUCGUAACGAUGGACUUCUAAUAUCAAAUUUGCAAAGUGAAUUUUUUUGGAUCAUUUAAAUUUCAAUCUCGCUUCUUUUCUAUUUCAAACAUAUGAUAAACUCAAAAAAAAACACUUUUCAUGACAUUAUUCAAUCUCUGUAAAGAGACUGUAGCAUUGGAGAAUUGCAUACUGUAUUGCUUCUUGAUUUUUGACUGAACUCUUCGUCCUCCGAAAAUAAUUUAUAUCGACUUGGUCCACUCUGAAAGUUGUAUUCGCGUUUUGCGAACAAAAUUAUUCGAAAAUUCGACAUUGCAUAAAACUGAAAUUAUAUCAUGCGAAAUAUGAUUUCAAUUAAAAUUAAGUGAGGAACUAUUAAUUGAUUAAUCGUAAAAGAAAAAUCCAUGUGGAUAAAUUUAGGCAAAUUGUUUAUCGUGAAAAUACAAUUUGGUUGAUUUUACUCCGCAGUCGGAGUUUGAUACGAGAAAAUUGAUCAUUCGAACGUUAAUCCGAAUUGGAAAAAAGCUAUAUAUAACUCAAGACCAUUUUCAUUGAAAUAAUGAUGACUAAGUACGAAACAAUUGAGUGAAAUGAGUGGUACACGCGUAAGUUUGCCCACAUGAUUUCGUGUAGUAAAUUGUUGUAUAAAGUAGAUGACGACAUAAUAGUUUUAAACUAAACGUAUAGUUUAAAUGCCCUAUUUGUAUAUUGGUUGAUCGAGCCUCGAGUUGUUCCUUUAUUGGUGUCUUUUGCUUGUUUCCUUUUUUCAUACACUUCAGAAUCGCACAAACGAGAUAUUUCAAUGAAAAAAAUAUAGUUUUUCAUCGGAUCUCGGGCCUAAUACAGAAAAAUAUAUUUCAACGCAUUUUGUCGAAUCUUCCAAAAAUGGAUUUGUCUAAAUUCCCAAACCUAUAGAAUUUCUGCGUAGAUUUUAAACAAAGCAAACGAAAUAACUGUUCCGAAACGACGAACCUUUUUUUCUUUUAUCCUCACCGCUCGUUCAAGCUAUAAAAAAUGGUAAAUUAAGUCAGAACUCAAACACAAAUUUAAAAAAAUGAACAACUCUCGUUGCUUUAAAAAAACUUGGCUCAUCAAAUUAUUAAAAAUCUCAAUGAAUCAAAUAAAUUUGCUUUUGGCAUGAACUUCUUUAACAAUUAAUGUCAAAAAUAAUUGCUACGAACGUAAAACACCAAGUAAAAAUAUGGUUCGCGUAAACUGAAGCUAAAUUGAUCGUUCAGUGAAAAUAAUUUCUAUGAGUUCCGAGAGUUGUUCCUUUUCAGUGCGAACCAAGAAACAACGGUUCAAUUAAUUAUGGAUCAUCUCAUAGUCUUGAUUAAUUAUAACGAGUUGCAUGAUUGCAGAUCAUCAUUGGUCUUAGAUUAUAGUUGAUAUUAGGUAGUCUUUUUUUUACUUUCAAUCAUUCUACGUCAUACACAUUCAUGAGCAAAGCGCUUUGCUGAUGCCGGAAAACAUUUGCAUUUUGAUUUUCGUAGAUAAUAUAAUGUACGACAUGAAUUUUUGAUUCAGCUGUAGUUAACGAAUUUCAGUCAGUCUCGAUUUGAAUGCCCGACACUUCGUACACGUAAUAAACGAAAAAAAAGGAAAAGAGAAUAACAUUCUCGUUACUUUGUUGCAACUUAAUUGUUUGCAAAUUAUUUUAUAAUUUAUUUAAUAAGAAUUCUUUUACUAGAAACUCCUAUGAUUUUAUAAUACGGCAUACGUUGUCUUCGUAUAAUCUAUUAUGUAAAUUAUUAUUUUUCUUCCUACGAUCCAUCAACGAAAUUUGAAAAAACAAAAAAAAACAAAUUCAUGUAACGAAAGCUACUGCAACGAGCGCUAAUUUAAGCAAACUUUUUCUUAGAGUUUUCCCUGAUUCUGAAAGGAAAGAUAAUAAUUGGCAUGAUGGAUUUUAAAGGGUGAGCACAUGCGACUACAAUUACUUUGAGUCAUUUUUAUGAAAUAAUUGAAAAUAAGCAAAAUGUUGAAAGCCCACGUACGCAAAAAAUCCGGUUUCAGAGUGAACAAAAGUUUUCCAAUUCCUUUAAAAAAACAAGAAUCUUAAAAUCACACACACUUAUUAGUCUCGGGAACGAGAUAGAAUCGAGCGAGCAAUUUUUGGCAUCAAUCGACAAAUAGCUGGAACCAAAUUUUACACACUGAAAAAAGAUCCAAACGUUCAUAAUACCGUGUGCCGCUCCAUGAAAUUUUCUUUCGAUAACGAACAUCUUCAACUUGAGACUUUGCCGAUUCUCUCUCGAAAGAAAUAUGAAAUAUUUAAAACAAUAGUAACGAAACUUACUGCAAAAGUUCAACCCGCGUUUAUCAUCCGACGAUUGUGCUUUUUAUGUUGCACGAAUUGACUGGACUCAUAAAUUUCAACAGAUCGUAAUUAAACAUGUCCCCGAAAAAAAGAACAAUUUUCAACUUCGAAUAUCAUCUCUUGAGCUUUUCAGAAUUUGUAUCAGUGCACAAGUGUUUUCAAAAGUACUUCGCGUGAUAAAAUAAAAACUAACGAAAAGAAGAAUAAAAAAGAAACGAAGAACCUUGUUGAAAUCAACUGUUACUCCGGUCGUUCGACGACAAAAAUAAGAAGUAAUCAUGUAUAGACAUGUACAUUUAUUACAUAUAUAUAUAUACAAAUAUACAUAUAUAUAUAUAUGGUGGUGUGGUGCUAAGACGAAUGGACAAAAGGAAAAAAAAUGUCUGAUGAGUAACACGAUCCCAUCGAUAAAAACGUACGCUUUAGCACAGCACAACUUGGCCUGUAGUUGUAUAAUAAGAGCGAUAUUCGAUUUAGGUGAGAAACAAAAACCCAAACGAAGAGAAAAAAAAGAAAAAAGGUAUGCAUUGUAAGAUUUCCAUUUUUUUGAUCUCGGCUCCAUCCAUUCGAAAAAGGUCUCGCGUUAGCUUCCAAUGAUGUUUAUUGAAAAUAAAUAAAAUUCACAUCUCAAUUAAUUACACUUGAAUGCAAUAAAACGAAACAAGCCUCGAAUUGACUUUGAAAGGUGAAACAAACUCGAAAUAUCUUUUUAAUUACAAUAAUAGCAAUUGUUACAUCUGUUGUAUCUGCAUUGUCAUGAUUGUACCAGGCUCACUUCUUUUCGAAAAUUCGUGUAUUGUUUUCGUACUCUACUUAUUGCCCGGGGGCAUUGGGAGGGGAAGUGUAGUGAAAAAAUGCAAAAGAAAAAUCGAGGAACACUCACGUUGGAAUCGCGAUUGUUGUGAAUAGAACUCAGUACUCUUCAUAUCAGUAAAAAAAUCGCAGUACAAAACGAAACCUGCGAUCCGCGAUAAAUUCAUCUUCGCAAUUCCUCAAAUUUAAAUUUUUUUCGAUUGUCCUCCGUACAAGUUUUACAAAGCAUUUCUUUCGUUUUCUUUUUCUUUGCGUAAUUUUUCCUUUCACUGGACUGUACAAGUUGCACAAUUUAGUCUGUCGUAACUUGAGUUUACCUUAAUUGUCUAUGAACAAAAAAGAAAUUGUAUACUCGUAACCGAAAUGAAAAUGUGAAUUUAUAAUUAGUUUAAUAUUUUUCUACACAACUGCGAUUCGUUUGUCAAAGUUUUCUUCGAUCCUAGAGGAACUGAUUUGUUUUGUCCUCCUUCCCUCUCCGAGGAUGCAAGUGUGUAUGUAUGCGCGCGCAUGUGUGUGAAUCGAUUUCGGAGCAGCGAAUAAAAUACUCAAAAUACUCAACAUAACAAAAAUAAAACAAAUACGAAAUUCAAGUGUAACAGUACAAAAUAGGUAGCUUUGCGAGACCUGGACGGAUAUUAAAAAAAAAAAAACCAUGUUGUAAAGGCAUAUAAGGGAUAAGGGAGUGGUCUAGUAAAAUUGACAAAGAAAAAAGAAACAAACCAAGAAGAACUUCGUUGUAGAAUUGCAAUUAUUUGUAGGAUCUACUUCUUUCACAUUUCUUCUUUUCUAUGCCUCAGUUUUAAACAUCUACCUUAAGGGUAGUAGUGGUACUUUACUGUUUCAUUAAAAAUGCAAUAAUUGUAUAUGGGCUGCAUUUUGAAUCAUGAUCGAAUGUAACGAUUUAUUGAAUAAGGAUGAAUAAAACAGAAAAUAAGAAAAUGAAAA